GGUGGUGACGAUAAUCUCACGUUACAGAAGAUUCUCGUGAUCAGUUUUUUUUUUGUUUUUUUAUCGAGGGAAAUGGAGGGACAGAUGAGCCAGGCAAAGUUGACGAGAACGCAGUCGUCGCUUCUCCGGUCAUCUCCGACCGUUCGGUCGUCCUUUCACAGCCUCUCUUCCAUCACCGAAGGUGAGUUUCAGGAUCUUGAGGUCGGAGAGAAAGAGGAGAAGCAGAGGAGAAAGCCACCCAAGCCAUUCGGGUCGACCCCACGAACCGGGUCGACCCGGAUCAACCACCCGGGUCUUGCCUUCACAAUGGUCUCCCUUUCCUUCCUCAGUCUCUCAUCCUUCUUCUUCUUCUUGUGCUCACAAACCGAUGAGCUUUUCACGUCGGAGAAUCUCCUCCUCGCUCUGAUUUUCGUCGCCGUUGCUCUGUUCUUCGCCUCCAAGAAUAUGGCUUUAAUCAACCAAGCCAUGGCUGCAAUCAAGCCGGUAUGCGAAGAGACCUCGAAAAGACUAGGGUUUCAGAGCAGGAGCCCAUCGAAACCGGUUCAAUGGUACAUAGGCGAUUCAAAACCGGAAAAAAACAAGGCCCAGAGAGGGAAGAAACUGAUAAGGGAAGGGGUUGAGUUCUAUAGCAAUGGCGAUUUCUACGAAGGAGAGUUUCAUAAAGGAAAAUGCAAUGGAAGUGGGGUAUACUACUAUUUCGUGAACGGAAGGUACGAAGGGGAUUGGAUCGAUGGAAGAUACGAUGGGUAUGGGAUAGAGAGCUGGGCAAGGGGAAGUAGAUACAAGGGUCAAUACAGGCAAGGCCUGAGACAUGGCUAUGGAGUUUACAGGUUCUACACAGGAGAUUGUUAUGCGGGAGAAUGGGUCAACGGUCAGAGCCAUGGGUUUGGUGUUCAGACCUGUGCUGAUGGCAGUUGCUAUGUUGGGGAAUUCAAGUCUGCUGUCAAACAUGGACUUGGAUCUUACCAUUUCAGGAAUGGAGAUAAAUACGCAGGUGAGUAUUUCGGAGACAAGAUCCACGGCUUUGGCGUAUAUCGUUUUGCCAACGGCCACUGUUACGAAGGAGCAUGGCACGAGGGGCGUAAGCAAGGCUAUGGCAUAUACACUUUCAGGAACGGUGACAUGAAAUCUGGUGAAUGGGAUGACGGAAAUCUUCGAACCCGUCUUCCUCCAACGGGCGAGCCAGUUCGCAGAGCCGUUCAGGCGGCCCGAGAAACUGCGAAGAAGGCCGGAAAUAUGAGACGGGUGGAGGAGGAGGUGAGCCGGGCAGUUUCAGCAGCUAACAAAGCCGCUACAGCCGCAAGGGUGGCAGCUGUGAAAGCUGUUCAGAAUCAAAUGGAUGGUAAAUUCUGUGAAACUUGAAGUGAAAGCCAAGCAACACAAAAGUGUAGAUUUUUUUUGUUAAGAUUCCUUCUCUCCAUAUACAUAUAUCUGUAUGUUAAACCCUGGUGAGCCAACAAAAGAAGAGAGCUUACU